GUCCCAACAGCAACAACCGACCUGUCCGUACAUGUCUGCGCUGAAGAAAGUUGAGCUUCUGUGAAACAUGACAGACAUUUUGUUAAAAAUAAAAAGCAGCGUAGCAGAGAAGCAGAAGACAGCUGUCACUCAGAGCGACUUGGUUAAAUGUGGAUUAAAAGGGAUCCAGCUGAGACCUUACCAGCUGGAUGGGGUCCAGUGGUUGACCCAGUGUCUGAAGAACCAGCAGGGAUGCAUUCUGGGAGACGAGAUGGGUUUAGGAAAAACCUGUCAGACCAUCUCUCUGCUGGUGUUCAUGUCAGGAGCUCUGGGGAAGAGCGGUCCGUUCCUGGUGCUGAGCCCGCUGUCUGUCCUGGAGAACUGGAGGACGGAGCUGGAAGGCUUCGCUCCGUCUCUGACUGUGUUGAGCUACAACGGAGACAAAGAGAGACGAGCUGAGCUCCAGAGGGAAACGCACACUCAGGACUUUCAUGUUCUGCUCACGACGUACGAGCUGUGUCUCAAAGAUGCUUCAUUCCUGAGACGGUGAGUGUGUUCUGAAUUAUAAAUCAUCAGAAACUGAUUGAAAUCUUGAGACACAUUUAGUAGAAAUCAGUGGAGGAAGAAGAACUUGAAGUAUAAAUUAGCAUCAAAUGGAAAUACUCACGUAAAGUACAGUACUGGAGUAAAUGUACUUCCUUCACUGGUAGAAAUGAGGUUUGGUUGUGUUGUUUGAUGAAUGGACUUAAUGAAGAACACAACAAUGCAUCAACUUAUGAAUGAAUUAAAGCUAAUGAACACACGCAGCAGCCGUCUAAUAUGUUAGACUGUAUGUGUGUGUGUAGUAGGAUUUAGAGUGGGUACGGAAAGUAUUCAGACCCCUUUAAAU